AUGGACUUCGUUACAAACUUUCUUCCGUCUAUUCUGAGGGCUCCUCAAAGCAUGGAUUGGACUGGGAUCAACUUCCUACUCUUCCAUCUGAUUUUUUUCGUUCUCAUGACUGCUACUGCUGCUCUCUGGAGAUUAGCUACCCACUUCGCCGUCCCCGUUUCUGGAAAGAUAUCUCCCGCAAGUACCAUAUCCAAAAGGGAUUACGAAGAAGUUGUGAAUGGAUUCCUACGAGACAUUUCAUUCCGACCCCCAGAAGUCAAAUUUGAUGUGGGUCUGAAGUCUCGUGUUGUAAGCCGCCUGGAGUCUUAUGGCAUUUCACGAAGGUUCAUUGCUCUCAUUGAACCGUGCAUUACCACAGCGACGAAAAUCUCCAGCUGUUCCUAUCCAUUUACAUCUCCCGAAGUUCUCGAGGCUAUUGCCCUCUAUGCUACAUAUGUUAUAUCGAUCGAUGACAUUACAAACGAAAUCCUACCUGACCUUGAAUGCUAUGGAUCUCAAUUGGUCCUUGGUCAAUCUCAGAGACACGAACUUCUUCGCGGAUUCACAAGAUUCCUCGGGGACCAGCCUCGGGUGUUCGGAGCCUUUGGGGGCGACAUGAUCAUCAAGGGCACAAUGGAGUUUAUCGCUUCAGCCGUAAUUGAACAAAACCAGGAUGCUUUUCAACUAUCGCGUGAUUCGUCGGACUAUUUGAUCUACUUCAGGGCAAAGACAGGGGUUGCUGAACCUUUUGCCUUCUUUUGUUUUCCAGAAGACAUCAACCCUGAAGACCGAGACUUACAGAAAUACGUCUCCGCCAUUCCCAGUAUUAUGCUAUUUCUGGGAUACGUCAAUGACCUCUUGUCCUUCUAUAAGGAGGAGCUCAAGGAGGAGGAUUCUCCGGGCUUCGUUCAGAGCUAUGCCAAGGUUCAUGAUUCUACUGCGCUUCAUGCACUUCAGCAACUUCGGCAUGAGACGAUCAAGGAAGUACGAAAGAUCCGGCGCAUGCUAUCCAAUGAUGUCCUAAUGGCUGAGCGUAUCAAUCAGUUUAUUUAUGGGUAUAUAUUUUAUCACUUGUGCACGGGAAGAAAUAGGUUGACCGAGUUGAAUAUUCCUGCUGCUCAUGACGCAAGAAAGCGGAUUCAAGCGUUGACCGAUGUGCGACUGUAG